AUGGCGAUUGCGUGGUUACGGAAUCUGCAAAACCUAUGGCCAUUCAGAGUGGACGAGUUAAGAGAUUCGAAGCAAUUGGUGAAGAAACUGAGCAUCCCCCAAGACACGAAGCAAUUCGUAUUCGCGCUGCGUGAUCCCCAGACCCAAUCCAUCAUUUACAUUCUCUCCUCUCUGAAUUUAUCGGAGCGAUCAGCUUCCGAUGCCACGUGUCUCAUCAAGGAGAUCAAACCCGACGCCGUUUUGGUGCAAGCUGGCGUUUCCCCCUUCUCCGAGCUUCAGUCCGAAGAAGACUCCGUUCCGGUCCCGACCUCUUCUUUCGGGGUAAUCAAACGCUGUUUUCUUGAUAAAAUUGGUAGGGACAUGUAUGAGAAUGUAGCAGGUAACUUUGUGUUGAGGGAGAUCUUUGGAACCAGUUUUCAUGGUCCCUUGUUGGCUGCUAAGAGGGCUGCUGAGGAUGUUGGAUCUUCGUUUCUUGUUAUAGAGUCUCCUUCUUGUUGGGGUAAUAGUAAUAGUGAUAGUAAUAGUAAUAAUAGUGAUAGUCAUAGUGAUAGGGAUAGUCAUUUUCGGAGUCUUGUUAAUAGUUUGGUUCCUAAGCAGCAUGCUGCUUCUUGGGCUCCUUCGGCUUUGAAGAGGUUUUCUCUUGAUAAGGAACUUAGGAUGAUGUUGGCUAAGGCUUUAUCUGGUUCUUUGGAUCCACUUUUGCUUAGUAGUGCCAAUGCAAGUUCUGUUUUGGAGAAGGGUAAUGAGGAAACUCAGCCAUCAAGUUGUUAUGAGACCCCGGGUUUUGCCAGGUCUAUUUAUCCUUUGCUUGAGGAUUUGUAUAGUAUAUUCGGUGAUCUUCCAUCGCUUGGGAAGGCGCUGGCACAUGUGCAGAAGAUGCUGUUGGAUGUGAAUAGAGGGGAGGUUCUUGACAAGAGAACUGUUUCUGAGGUCUAUACUUUCAGGAUUGCUGUUGAGGGGCUUAGAAUUGCUCUGAAUAAUAAGGGCUUGAGGCCGAUUAACAGGAAAAGUGCUGCAAAGUCAGAUAAGAUUGAGUUCUCGGAGCUUCCGGUUGAUGACAAGUCGCACGCACUCUUUGCGCAGGCCAUCCGGAGUCAGACUGAUAAGUUUAAGACCAUUGUGGCAGUGGUAGAUGCUAGUGCCUUGGCUGGUCUUAGGAAACACUGGGAUACUCCUCUUCCUGUUGAAGUCAAAGAGUUGGUUGGAGAACUGAUCACAAAUUCUGAGGGUAAAGGGGUUACGUUGAAUCAUAGUGAGAAGAAGCGGUUAUUAACAGAUAAACCUAUGGUGGCAGUAGGGGCUGGAGCAACAGCAGUUUUAGGAGCUUCAUCACUGACCAAAGUAGUCCCUGCAUCAACACUAGUGAAGGUUGUCACUUUCAAAAUUCCCACUUCACUCAAAAUCGGUCUCAGCCAGAUGCAGAAGGUGCUGGCUUUUGCCUUCGGCCCUUCUAAAGUUGCGGCUCCAGGGAUUGCGACUUCAGGAGUCAAAACGUCUGGCAUCAUGAAGGCAGCAGCAUCUGCUGAAAAGAUUCGAGCUGUUGCUCACGGUGUUAUAGCCUCAGCUGAGAAAACCAGUAUUUCGGUCAUGAGAACAGCUUUCUAUGAAAUAAUGAGGAAGCGGAAGGUGCGACCUGUUGGGUUCUUGCCUUGGGCUACAUUUGCAGGCAGUAUUGGAACUUGUACAAGCCUGCUUUUGUAUGGUGAUGGGAUCGAGUGUGCUGUUGAGUCUCUCCCUGCUGCCCCCUCCAUUGCUAGUUUGGGUCGUGGGAUUCAGCAUCUACAUGAGGCAUCUCAAGCAGUGAGAAUACAUUGCUUCACUGAGUCAGAAGAAACGUUGGAAGGGUCUUGCCGCACUCCUAUUGCAGGCUAUGCUAGCAGAAACGAGGAUGUGCUUGAAGCUUCCAGAAUUGGUUAUUAUGCUGUUGAAGAUAUGAUGAAGAUGGGUAAAGAUGCUGGGAGGGGUUUCUUUCUCGACCUGGACCUGGCUUUUUCAGUAGUUAACAAUUAA